AGCUUGGCAGCCGCCGCCUCACCAGCCUGGAUCUGGCCGCAGGCAGCGGUUCCCUAGGACCCGAGGAAAGGAUGGCCGAACAAGAAGCUAGUGGGCUACAGGUCCUGCUGCACACGCUUCAGAGCUCCUCCGACAAGAAGUCUAUCCUGACCAUCCUCAAGGUCCUCGGAGAUCUGCUUUCUGUUGGCACAGACCGGAGAAUUCACUACAUGAUCAGCAAGGGUGGCAGUGAGGCUCUUCUGCAGACCCUGGUAGACACAGCGAGGACAGCUUCUCCAGACUAUGACAUCCUCCUGCCUCUCUUCCGGCUGCUGGCCAAAGUUGGCCUAAGAGAUAAAAAGAUUGGACAGAAGGCCCUGGAAUUGGAAGCACUUGAUGUGACAUUGAUUCUGGCCAGGAAGAACCUAUCCCAUGGCCAGAACCUCCUCCACUGUCUCUGGGCUCUGCGUGUGUUUGCCUCCAGUGUCUCCAUGGGAGCCAUGCUGGGAAUUAACGGAGCCAUGGAACUGCUUUUCAAGGUUAUUACUCCUUAUACCCAAAAGCGCACCCAAGCAAUCAGGGCAGCCACUGAAGUUUUGGCAGUGUUGCUGAAAUCCAAGUCGAACGGCCGCAGGGCAGUGAACCGAGGUUAUGUCACCAGCUUGCUCUGGCUGCACCAGGACUGGCACAGCCGUGACACAGCCAACACCUACGUGCAGAUCCGACGGGGCUUGCUGCUCUGCCUCAAGCACAUUGCUGCCCUCCGGUCCGGCAGGGAGGCCUUCCUGGCAGCACAGGGCAUGGAGAUCCUCUUCAGCACCACACAGAACUGCCUGGAUGACAAGAGCAUGGAACCCGUCAUCUCUGUGGUGCUUCAGAUCCUGAGGCAGUGCUACCCUAAGAGUCCACUUCCCUUGGUCACAGCCAGCAGUGCCUAUGCCUUCCCGGUCCCUGGGCGCAUCGCCACUGAACUUCCAUGUGACCUACCUGAAGAGGAUGUUGAAGAUGACGGCGAUGACGAGGUGGACAAAGACUCUGAUACUGAAGAUGGGAAAGUGGAAGAUGAUGACUUGGAAACAGAUGUGAACAAGCUAAGUUCCAAACCUGGUCUUGACCGACCUGAAGAGGAACUGAUGCAAUAUGAGGCGAUGUGUCUUGAGCUCUCCUAUAGCUUUGAGGAACUGGAGUCCAAACCUGGAGGUGAUUUGAACUCUGAAAAGACUCAGUAUGCGAAUCACCACCACAUUCUGACUGCUGCCUCCUCAAAGCAGCACUGCUACAACAAGGACCAAAGCUCCUGUGGACAAGAAAGGGAAGACUCUGUCCGGAGUUCCCUUCUGUGCAUGGUGAAGACACAAAGGUCCACUGUGCAUCUAGGCUCCAAAAGAAAGCCUGGAGUGAACCUGUACCAAAAUGUGCAAUCCAAUAGUUUCGGGAGAGAUUCUUCUGAAAGUGAAAUCCCUGACAUUCAGGCUUCCCUGAAAGCAGAUGCCUGGGACAUAGAUGCAAUUUUCUGCCCAAGGAUGAGUGCCUCCUUUCCUAAUUCCACUAGGACUGGAGAGGCUGUUGAAGUAAUAGAUAAGCUUCUGCAGACACAUCUGAAGUGUGUCCCUUUCCACGAUCCCUAUCUUUAUAUGGCCAAAGCCAGAAGAACCAGCUCUGUGGUGGACUUCAAGAUGGUGGCAUUUCCUGAUGUCUGGGGACACUGUCCCCCUCCCACCACUCAGCCUAUGUUGGAACGCAAAUGUGGAGUCCAAAGGAUCAGGAUAUUUGAGGAUAUUCGAAGGCUCAUCCAGCCACGUGAUGUUAUAAAUAAAGUUGUCUUCAGUUUAGAUGAGCCUUGGCCUUUGCAAGACAAUGCUUCCAAUUGUUUACAGUUCUUCUCUAAAUUUGAGUCAGGAAAUCUUCGCAAAGCCAUCCAAGUGCGUGAGUUUGAGUAUGACUUGCUGCUCAACGUGGAUGUAAACAGCACCCAGCACCAGCAGUGGUUCUAUUUCAAAGUGAGCGGUAUGCAGGCGGCCGUCCCUUACCACUUCAACAUCAUCAACUGCGAGAAGCCUAACAGCCAGUUUAAUUAUGGGAUGCAGCCCACCCUGUAUUCCGUGAAAGAGGCCCUUCUUGGCAGACCCACCUGGAUACGGACAGGCUAUGAAAUAUGUUACUACAAAAAUCAUUAUCGCCAGAGUACAGCUGCUGCAGGCGGAGCAUCUGGGAAGUGCUACUAUACCCUCACCUUUGCUGUCACCUUCCCACACAAUGAGGAUGUCUGCUACCUGGCCUACCACUAUCCCUACACCUACACAGCCCUCAUGACUCAUCUUGACAUCCUGGAAAAGAGUGUCAACCUCAAAGAGGUCUACUUCCGGCAAGAUGUUCUCUGCCAGACGCUGGGAGGGAAUCCGUGUCCCUUGGUGACCAUCACGGCCAUGCCUGAGUCCAACAGUGAUGAGCAUCUAGAGCAGUUCCGUGAGUAAAAUGGGAUCCUCUUCAUUGAAGAUUUGACUAAGGGUGUCCUUUAUAGUCUUGGAAGCAUUCUGUCUCUUUUAGAUCAAAAUCUCCAUAAAGGGUU